CUGCACCAACAAAAACCCGAGCUUGAGAAGAAAAUGCCAACCAGAUUUUAGAGAGAGAGAGAGAGAGAGAAGGAGAAAGCUGAGAUGCAAAAAAUGGGGUGAAGUGAAAAUUAGCGGCUGGUGUCGAUUCAUAUCAACAGCUGCUGAUCGAGAUUCUGUUUCUUUGCUUUUUAAUUUGUGUGUGAUAGUUCUCAGUGUUAACUGAGCAUUCAUCACCAUUUGUUGCUCUGUUACGGGUAAACAUAACGCUGUUUUCUCAGAGGGUGAAGGGAGUUGCAUUUUUGUUCUCUGCUGGAGUUAUGGCCAACUUAUCUCAUUCUGAAUCGAGACGAUUAUAUUCGUGGUGGUGGGAUAGCCACAACACCCCAAAGAACUCAAAAUGGCUCCAGCAAAAUAUCACAGAUAUGGAUGGCAAGGUUAAGUGCAUGAUCAAGCUCAUCGAAGAAGAUGCAGAUUCCUUUGCUAGGCGGGCUGAAAUGUACUACAAGAAACGCCCUGAGUUGAUGAAACUGGUCGAGGAGUUCUACCGUGCCUACCGUGCAUUAGCUGAAAGAUAUAACCAUGCAACGGGGGAGCUCCGCCAUGCUCAUCGAACAAUAGCAGCAGCGUUUCCUGAUGAAGUUCCUUCUGAACUCGUUGAUGAGGGCGAUGUGGAUUGCAUGCUUGAGAACACUCAGGUGAAUUCUCCGUCUGAUCAGAAGGAAUCCGAUGGAGCUAUGAAAAAGAGCGGAUUAAAGCAAUUAGAAGAGAUGUUUGGAUCCAAUGAAACAUCGCCUCAAGAUGCUGUAGUGCAGCAGUCAACUGAGAAUCAGAAUCUCAAAGAUAAGAUUCUUAGUGAGACUGAGACAGCAGGAAGCGCGGAAAUUGAAGUUUGCAGUUUGAAGAAAACGCUUGCUGAUAUGGAAGUCGAAAAGGAGAGUGUCCUGCUUCAGUAUCAACUAUGCCUCAAAAAGCUGCUGGAGAUAGAGGGGCAGCUGCGUCAUGCGCAAUUGGAUUCAACGAGGCUCAGUGAGAAGGCCGGUAGAGCAGAAACCGAAGUUGAAACUUUGAAGGAAACCCUCAUUCAGUUGGAGUCUCAAAAGAUUGCCGAAAUGGUGAAAAAUGAAGAGUAUUGUGAGAAGAUAUCUCAUCUCGAGACUAUGGCUUCUCGCAUGCAAGAAGAUAUGAAGGUCCUUGACACCAAAACAUUUGCAGCGGAGAGUGAAGCACAAAUGCUGAAAGAUGAAGUGUCGAGAUUAGAGCUUCAAAAGGAAGCAGCAGCAUGUAGGUACGAGCAGUAUCUUGGAAAGAUAUCGGAGUUGGAGAACAUAAUCUCUACUAAGGAAGAUGAGACAAAGAUGCUUAAGAAGCAAGCAGAAAUGGCUGAAGGCGAAGUUUCAAAACUGAGAAAGGCCGUUGCUGAUCUGAGCAAGGAGAAAGAAGGUUCUGCUCUCCAAUACAAGCACUGCUCAGAAACGAUAUCCAAGCUUGAGAGAGAGUUAUCGAGCACAAAAGAUGAAGUUGAACGCCUUAACCACGAAGUCUUGAUUGGAACUUCGAAGCUCAGGACUACUCGAGAGAAGUGCGCUCUGUUAGAGAUGUCUAACCAAGCAUUGCGUGUCGAGGCUGAUGAUCUGGCAAAGGAGAUUGCAUUGAAAGAUGAAGUGCUCUCGAGUAAGCAGGAGGAGCUCGAGAAACUUCAGUCUGGUUUGCAUGAUGAGAGCACCCGGCAUGCACAAGUUGAGGCCACUCUCGAGGCUCUGCAGAAUCUGCACUCUCAGUCCCAAGAUGAUCAGAGAGCUCUUGCCUCGGAGCUCAAAGAGAUGCUUCGGAUGCUAGAUGACACGGAGGCAAGCAAACGUGGUUUGGAGGAGGAGCUUAAGAAGGCUAGGGAUGAAAAUCAUAGUUUAAGUCAAACUUCGCUCUCUUCAGCCGUGUCUAUGGAGAAUAUGCAAAACGAGAUCCUUAGUUUGAAGGAGAUUAGGGAGAGGCUCGAAAAGGAAGUAUUGCACCAUAUGGGCAUAAGCACAUCCCUUCAGCAUGAUAUUUCAUGUUUGAAAGAAGAAAUUGAGCACUUGAACAAGAGCUACCAGGCUUUGGUUGAGCAAGUGGAAGCAGCAGGUCUCAACCCGAAAUGCCUUGGGACUUCAAUGAAGAGCUUGCAGGAUGAGAACUCGAGAAUUAAAGAGAUGCAAGAAGAGGACAGCAGGGAGAAGGAGAUUCUCCUAAAGAAGUUAGAGAGCAUGAAUGAGAUCUUGAAGAAGAAAGUAGCAGCCGAGAAGUCCCUCUCAGACUUGAAUGGUGAGCUGGAGGCGUCACGCGAUAAGGUGAAGGCACUGCAAGAAUCCUGCCAGCUCCUCCAAGGAGAUAAGGCCACUCUUGCUACUGAGAAAGCUUGUCUUCUAUCUCAGUUGCAAGUGAUAACUGAGAACAUGAACAGUUUAGUGGGACAAAAUGCUGUUCUUGAGAACUCGUUGUCUGCAGCAAAAGUUGAGCUCGAAGGCUUGAGGGAAAAAUCAAAGGGACUAGAGGAGAUCUGUGAUUUGCUCAAAAAUGAAAGGUCAUAUCUUUUGUCUGAAAGGGACAGCUUAGUUCUUAAGUUGGAAAACGUGGAGAGAAGACUUGAAAGCCUAGAUAAGAAGUUUACGCAAUUGGGAGAGAAAUAUGCGGACUUAGAGAAGGAGAAGGAAGCAAUGCAUUCUCAAGUGGAAAAUCUCAAGGUGUCGUUGGGUGAGGAGAAGCAGGAACGAAUAGGUUCGCUGCAACUAAGUGAGAUGAGGAUGGCUGGACUUGAAACCGAGAUCCAUCUCCUGCGAGAAGAAAACAAAUGGAAGAAGAAAGAAUCAGAAGAGGAACUUGAAAAGGCUACAAAAGCACAGUUUGAAAUAUCAAUCUUUCAGAAAUUCAUUCAAGAUAUGGAAAACAAGAAUCACUCCCUCAUCAUUGAGUGCCAAAAACACGUUGAGGCGUCUAAAUUGGCCGAUAAAGUGAUUUCAGAGCUCGAGAGUGAAAGCCUUGAGCAGCAGGUGGAAGCUCAGCUCUUGUUGGAUGAAAUUGGAAGGCUGAGGUCAAGCAUAUACCAAAUUUUCAUGGCCCUCGAAAGCAGUCCAGAUUGUGCACCCGAGGACAAUGGUGAGAGUGAGCAAGCUUUGGUGCAUCAGAUUCUUGGAAGUGUUGAAGAUAUGAAAUCUGCCAUCUCCAAAAAUGAAGAUGAAAAGCAGCAGCUCUUUGUUGAAAACUCGGUUCUGGAGGCCCUCCUUGAGCAGUUGCAGUCCAAGGGCAUGGAGAUCGAGCUGCAGAAGCAGCACUUGGAACAGGAUGCCGAAAUCAUGGCCAAGAAACUUGCCAUUGUGAACAGUGAAAAGGAAGAACUCUUAGAGAUGAACAGACAGUUGAAAUCAGAAGUGAGCAAUGGUUAUCAGGCGGCUUUCGUGCUUCAGGCUGCUCUGGCAAGUCUCUGUGUUCGACAAGGGGAUCUGCAAACGGCUUAUAAUGCAUUACAAGAAGCACACUCUCGAGCGAAACAGGAAAGUGCAUGUUUGCUAAAGAAGUUCUCUGAUCUGAUAGAGGAGAAACGUAGAGCGGAUCAGCAUAACGAUGAUAUACUUUUGGAAUUAUUGGCAAAUGCCAAUCAAUCUGCCAUGUUGAAGAGCUUUGUAGCAGAGAAAAUUGUGGAGUUGAGAUCGCUACUCGAAGAUCUAAACAAUCAACAUGAGGUGAACAGUUGCCUUGGAAGAGAAAUGAAUGAGUUAGGGGGAACACUCGACCUACAAAAGGCCGAAAAUCUAGCCCUCAAAGACGCCGUUUGCAGCUUGGAGCGUGAGAUCCAAGAAAUCAGAGAAUGCAAUGUUCAAAUGAAGCAGGAGAUAGCAAGUAGUGCAGAGAGCUUAAUUCGGACCAAGACAAAGCUUUUUGAUACAGAAAUGCAGCUUGAAGCUACUGAGAAGCUUAACUCCACGUUAUUCACGACAGUAGCUGAGCUGAAGAUCAACGUUCAUAGGUCGCAGCAGGAAACAGAAGAUCUAAAGAAGAACGAGGCCCGUCUCUCCGAAACUAAUUCCACACAGAUGAAGGAAAUUCAGAGCCUUCACAAAGUCAAAAAGAACUUAGAGUCUGAACUUGGUCUACUUCAUCAAGAAAUCGAAGAGAAUGUUGUGAGAGAGCAGACACUUAGCAUUGAGCUCCAAGGAAUGAACAAUGAGUUUGAACUCUGGGAAGCUGAAGCAGCUACUUUUUGUUUUGAUCUUCAGGUCUCUUCUGUCAAAGAAGUUCUUUUAAAGAAUAAGGUUCAGGAGCUCACUGGGGCAUGCCAGAAUCUUGAGCAUAAAAAUGCUGAAAAGACAUCGGAGAUUGAACAAAUUAAACAAAUGAUUUGUCUCAAGGAGAGUGAAAUCAACGGACUGAAAUCCCAACUUUCAGCAUAUGAUCCUGUCAUAGCAUCCCUAAAAGAUGAUAUAACACUCAUAGAACACAAUGUACUACGUCGUUCUAACCUUAAAGCUGCACAGAGUCAAGAGACAGAGUUUCUGGAAUUUGCCAUUCCUAAUGAAGCCACAUCUCAGAUGCCUUCGGAAGAUCAAUCCCUUCAUAGUUUACAGAAUUUGCAGAAGAGAGUUAAGGUAGUCGGAAAGUUGAUGGAAGACUUGAACAAACCUGUUUCACGGAGAAGAUCCAAUUCGAAGAGCAAACAAGGACCAGUGAUGACUGAGGUUGACCACCCGAAGAUGCAGCCCAACUUUGGUAGAGAUAAGCAUGAACGCAGCAGCAAGAAAGCAUAUCCAAGUGAGCUAAAUGACUCUCCCAAGUUGCAGAAAACAAAAGCCAAAGCCUCAGAAUCCCGAAAUAUGAUGCUAAUGAAAGAUAUUCCUCUUGAUCAAGCCUCUGAUAACUCAUAUAACUCCAUGAGGAAGACGGGGAAUGCUGGCUCUGAUGAUCUGAUGCUUGAGCUGUGGGAGACUGUCGAGGAUGGGAACAGAGAUAAAACAAUUGGGGAAUCUCUUAGCAUAUCGCGCAAACCAAAGGGAAGGGACAGAGUUUAUGAUCAAUUACUACCAUCCACUGAUUCAGAUAUGGAGAAAGAGUUGGCUGUGGAUAAGCUGGAGCUCUCAUCCAGAUUCACCGAGCCUAGUCAAGAACUCAACGACAAACACAUCCUCGAGACACUUGCCUCUGAUGCUGAGAAGCUGGAAUGCAUCCAGGUGGCACUGUGCGACUUGAGAAGGAAACUUGAGGCGAACAAGAAGAGUCGAAAGAGCAAGAAUGUCGAUUUUGGAGACGUUAAGGAGCAGUUGCAGGAAGCAGAGGACACAUUAGUGCAUCUGGUUGAUUUGAAUGUUCAGCUAGUGAAGAACAUAGAAGAUUGCCCUCCUGAAGAAAUGGCGUCUCCAAGGCUGAAAGAGACGAUGAAGACGUGGAGAGUCAAGGUGAUGGAGCAAGCUGAAAAGGGGUCCGAGAGGAUCAGCGUGCUGGAACUAGCCGUGCAAAAGAUUCAGUUCGUGCUGUCGAAGGUUGAGGAUGAAGGGAAAGGCAGCAACAGAUUCUUGAGGAGCAGAGCUGUGAUUUUGAGGGACUUCAUUAACAGUGGAAGGAAGAACAGCGGGAGGCGAAAGAAGGGCCCGAACUGUGGGUGUUUCAAGCAAUCAGCUAGUAUAAACAGAAGCCGUUAUUGAGAUUUGGAUUCGUCUGAAAGACUGAUUCUUGAAUGGUGUUGGUAGGUUUAUUAUUUCUAUCAAGUUAGUUGAACUAGACUGUUGAUCUCUCCUAAGUUGAGAGGAACUGUAAUAACUAGAUUUGCGUAAUUUGUGUAUUUUCAGCUCAUCAUUAUGUUGGUGUUAGAAAUAUUGGUGUUUCAUAUGCAAGAAAACCAGUCAACAUUUUUGCCUUUAA